GUUUAAUGUUCUGCUUAUUUGGUGGCUAUAAUUGUGAUCUUCAUUUUUCUACUAGCAGUCACAAAAGAAGCAGUAAAGUUCUCUUGAUUUGUUCGAUAGCAAUAACGUCAAUAGCUAUACAUCCUGAACUUCCACAACGACGACGAAAAUGACGGUGCUCAGUAAGCUCGCGAAGCGUUGUUCACCACGCCAAGUCCUCAAUUGUGCGCAACGCUCUCGAGGUGCACUGACUUUGUCAGAGUAUUACGGUGCGGCUGGUAGUAGCCUUUCUGUGACCAGCAACAGCGUUACCAGAUAUGGAGGAGCGUCUGCUGCAGAGCUUUUUUCAAGCGCUCGUUUUUUCAGCAGCGAGCCUGAGAAAAUGGAAUUCAAGGCAGAGACGAAAAAGCUGUUGAAUAUUGUUGCAAAAAGCCUGUACACAGACAAGGAAGUCUUUAUUCGGGAACUCAUAUCCAAUGCUUCCGACGCCUGUGAAAAACUUCGCUUUCUGCAGACGAGUGGCAAAGCGCCAGAAACCUUGACAGCAGCAGAGAAGAAACUGCAAAUCGAGCUUAGCUGUGACGAAACGUUGCGUCUAUUCACAAUCCAAGACUACGGGAUUGGCAUGACAAAAGACCAGCUCGUGAAUAAUUUAGGUAAGCACUUCUAAGUAGUACUAAGAAGUGGUAUUUGCAAUCAUGACAUGUUCAUGUGUUUCGUCUCCUUCGUCGUUGUUCAUCCUUUUUUGAUCGCAUCAUCCUGAUUUCCACAAACCGUAUUGAAAACAAGGCACAAUCGCGCGUUCGGGGUCUCGCGAAUUCUUAGAGCAAACCAGCGACAGCGCAGCUGGGUCCGAGAGCAACACCAUCAUUGGCCAGUUUGGUGUUGGUUUUUACAGUGCAUUCGUCGUUGCCGAUAAAAUCGAAGUUUUCACCCGUAGCGCAGACGCUGCGAACUUGGGUUACAAGUGGACAUCGGAUGGGAUGGGUGAGUUUGAAGUAGCCGAAAUCCCAGACUACACCGACAGGGGAACCAAGAUCGUUCUGCACCUGAAUUAUGGCUGCAAGAAGCAAGAUGUAUAAAACAAUUGCGUAGAAGAACCGAGGUGCUUGAGGCUUCUCCGUCAUCUAGGUCAUCAAGUAAAAUGAAUAUCUGCCAUUUUUCCAGCUAUUGUAAAUAGACGAGAAACAGAGGGCCGCCGCAUCCCGUCAUAAGUUCUAAUCAGAGGAGGAAUGUGCAGAAUUCUCGAAACUGUAUACCGUGAAAGCAUGCGCAAAGAAAUUCAGCUCCUUUGUCGACUUUCCGCUUUUUGUGAACGAAGACGGAGCAUUCAAAGAGCUUAAUAUUAUGGCAACAAAUUUUUAUUCCGUUGCUUUUUCAUCUUCAUAUGAUGCAGCUUAUCGCUGUUGUUCCCAAUCCUAUCCCGCACUCCGUGUUCGUUCAAGCCAAAUAGAGGUACGGAGUUUCCUCGCCAUCGUAUGAUCUUCCCUGGACUUAGAAUUAUUUGGCGCAGUCCACCUUUAAAUCUGAGCAAGAACCGCUGUGGUUGAAGAGUAAAGCCACGGAAGAGGAGCAUGUGGACUUCUACCGGUUUCUCUCGGGCACCAGCUAUGGGGACCCGUUUUACACAUUGAGUUUCGCCUCCGACGUACCCUUAACGAUAAAGAGUCUUUUUUACGUGCCCGAAGACGCACCAUCACGGUUUUUCGCGAAGGAACCAGAAAUAGGUACGAAUUUUUUACUACAGUGUUCACUGGGAUGUUUUUACAUUUUUCUAGCAGGUGCUUCUUAAUCUUAAAGUUCCAGAAAUUGUUGACAUCAACUCUGCCCGUUGUGAAUGGGUUAGUAAUCGCAGUUGCUAGUGAUAAAGAUAAUGUAGAAGUACCUGGAAUCGCAACCACCAAUGAUGAAUGUCGCGAAUUCUGAAUGAACACCAGUUUUUUUCGCCACACUACACUGUCAGACUUGUUUACAACUACGCCAAUUUCAAAUAUACCAGGUGUUGCUCUUCACUGUAGACGGGUGUUGGUGAAAAAGCAAGCGGAAGGAAUCAUUCCGAGGUGGCUGCACUGGCUUCGAGGUGUCGUGGACUGCGAAGAUAUGCCGCUGAACAUCUCGCGAGAGAGUAUGCAGGACACGCAAUUGAUGUUAGGGCUGUAGAUCAUUCAUGUCUCGAUGCAUUCCUGAAAAGUAUGACUCCUUGACUUCUCCCUGAUACUCUUCAAGGAUGCAACUGAAUGAUGAACUUUGGAGAGCCCUAAUGAUGGCAAAGCUUUCGCUUGCGGUAGUUCGGCGAUUUCUGCGAUUCCUAGACCAGCAAGCAAAGAAAGAUCCCGAAAAAUAUCUCAAAUUUUACAAAAACUAUUCUUACUAUUUGAAGGCUGGUCUCAUCGAGGAUAGGGAAACGGGCGGACGACACAAGGUACUUCGUAAUCUCAACAUACCUUUGAUGGUUUAUUUCAAUUUCAGCAACAUCGAGGUUGUAUUUUGAUGUCUUCGUAGUUCAACACUCUACUUAUCUCAACAUUGUUCACUCACCCUCGCUUUACAGGAUGAGCUGACGAAGCUAUUGCGUUUCGGGUGCUCCACUCUUCCGGAGGGGGAGAUGAUUUCCUUGCAGGAUUACGUGGACAAGCACAUGGUUUCUUCGAGUGAUGCCGUACUCAAACAGAAGAAUAUCUAUUACUACUGUGUCCCAAAUCGUGAGACGGCAAUGAACUCUCCGUACAUGGAGCAAUUCAAGGAUAGGAAGCGCGCGGUUUUGUUGAUGCACGAAGACGUAGAUGAGUUUGUCAUCAGCUCUGCUCUUGAUUAUGGAAUCGUGGUAAAAACUGGAUAACAAGAAGAUGAUUAAUUCUUUGAAAUGAAUCGUCAAUGCGAACUAAGUAAAUACGUCGUAAUCAUUACAAAUGGAGGUCCGGAGAGACGGAGACCAUGAACUAUGCCUUCUCUUCCUCCUCUACAGCAAAUACAAUUACUUGAGUUAUAAGAAGCAUCAGUACCUACUAUGUUACACAUAGAAGAUGUUCUAAUCCCUCGGCUUCAAGACUCACCAGCUUAUCGCUGUGGAUGCACAAGACAAGGAUUUUGAACUGGACUUGGACGCAAAGAAGGAGGACGAAUCGAGCAAGACUGAGGCCGAAAAGAUUGAAUUGAGUAUUACACUUCUGGAUGUGGGUCGUGUGAGUAAAAUUGUGUAGGACAAGAAGAUGUUUCGGUAUUUUUUUAAACUUUUUAACUUUGCCGCAGUGAAUUACCUACUGGUCAUUGCCAUAAUGCUGAGUAUGAUGAUGAAUGAUCUUCGGAAUAGACAUCACUUCACCUCUCUCUACUGCAGUCGCUUGUUAUGUCGAAUUUCAAUUAGGUUCGGCGCAGCAGGACGAGCUCAAGUCAUGGAUGAAGGAGCAGCUAGGUACGAAAGCGAUGGAGAUCAAGUUUACCGAUCGACUAGUCUCAUCGCCGGCAGUCGUGACUUCACUCCUGACACCACAUAUGCGGAAGAUGAUGAAGCAAAUGAUGGCAGCUGGCGCAAGCGGAUCCAGCAUGAAUAAUGCAGAUAACGUCCCGAUGACAUUAGAGGUACUGAUAGAGCGCGUGUGCGUUGCUUCAAUCUAGGAUGCCAUUCACUUACUUGCAUGCGCUGGCUAGAUGCGCGGGGAGGUGUAGUGCGCCCGAGCUCGUCGCGGCUUUCGCGGGCGGGAGGAUGGCGCAGCGCAGUGGCUGACUCGGGAGGUGCCCUGAGCGUUCAGCCUGGCAAAGGUGGCGCCUGAUUGAUCUGGCAAAUGGUGCGGCGAAAGUGCCAGCAACGUGGCGCGCACGUCGGUGGGGUUUCUGGUGGGUAUUGCUGUGGGAAAUGAGGGAGCCCGCCACUGCGGCACUGAGUUGCCUCGGCAUCAUUCUCAGAAGCAGGCAGCUGACUGACUAACAAGAUGGAAGCAGCUAAGCGGAGCAGCACGGAAAACCCUGGCACAGCUUUCGAAAAGGGUCGGCUUGUUUUCGUGUUAUAUGAUGCGGAACAAGCGCGCAGAGACUUGGCAAGGCAUCUGGAUGCGCCUCAAGUAGAUACGCGCGCGGGGGCGACCCGACUCACGUAGGAAGGUGGAGGCGAUAAGUGAGGCCAUGGCGGACCGUCGUGCCCAGCAAGUCCAGACUUCUCCACGACGCAGCAACCAGAGGGAGCGGCGGCAGUUUGAGGCUUGGGCGGAAGUUGUGGACGGGGCGCAAGAGUUUCGGCCUCGGUGUGUGAUCUAUCCACCGGCCCAGCGGCUCACGCUGUAUUAUUUUGCCUCGCGCCUUGGGCCCGCUGCUGCUGUGCUGCCCUCAUUCAAGGCCAAAGCAAAAGCGGAGAAUCAACCUGGCGCCGGGCCGCGCUUGUUUCUUUCAUUCGCGGCGUUUCUGGUGCAAAAGUUGGGGCGCCUUUUCCCUUCAUCUGUGGGUGCGUGGGGAGGCCGGGGGCGCUUGCGCUUUGGUUUUGCUAGCUUCGAGGUAUGCAGCAAGUAAAGCGAGCGAACCACAGGCGGGCGCUUUCGCGUGCUGUUUUGUGGGAAGUCUCGCCUCAUACAUUCUCCGCUGCCCUCCUCGUCUUGUCGGCGCCUUGUUUGUUGGCGCUGGCGCUUCUUGUAGGGCGUCACCUGUGAGGUCAGCAACACAGUAGCAAGUGCGGGAGGCUUGGAGCAGCUUCUUUCGCUUGAAACCAGAGCGGUGAGAAGAUGCCUCAGCUUCUUGGUGGCGAUUCUGCCAGCUGAAGCGACAGCAUUCGUCUAGCCUGACCGACGAACCUGAGCUGACGGCGCCAACGCCAAGAACUGAGAAGGCGGCUGGCCUGUCUGCGCCUUGUUUGUCAGUGUCGGCUCUUUCUUGGGUAACAAGAACAGCGCCCAGGCUGCCGGCAGUGCGGGCGCCUGGCUGACAGAAAGGCUGCCGCCCUUGAAGUGGUGUCUGGUUCGUCGGCUUCUCCUUCUCUUUGGUUGUUUUUUUUGCCCUUCGUUGCUUCGGGCUUUCUUUGAUGUUGUUGUUUGAUUAAAAUUAUCUCCCUCUUGCAUUUGCUGCGAGCGAGCUACGUACGACCGCUAGCACCUUGCCGAGGGCGUUCGAUGUGGGUUGUAUUUCUGUGUUUGGCUUUAGGAAGAUUGCUCUAGGGGUAGGGAUUAUUUUCGGGGAACGCGAACGUGUGGUGUUUGUCUGGCGUUCCGUUGUUGCUCGGUUGGCCCUGGGGUCGCAGAGAUGGGGUGGGCACCCUUGUACCGUCAUGGGUUUACUUUCGUGGUUCGGCAUCCUCUCUUGUAUUUUGUUUGUGGGUUAUUGUGAUUUUGUCCACUAUCCCUGGGAUGCGUAUGUUCGUGACCGCUGAGGGCCAUUAUUUGGAGGCAUUCUUUUCCUCAGCGAUGCGUCGUCGUCUUAGGUGUAAUUAAACGUAACAAAAGGCGAGCGUCGAUAUCAGGCAUGUCAGCCAGCUCAAAACGUGCGCGGGGAAGUAGGCCCGUGAAUGUGUGCAGGAAAGUGCUGCGCGCGGAGUAUACCCACUCCAUCGCCAUCGGACUGAUUCCUCGGGAAAGGGAAAUAACUUCAAAGGUGACAUCAUCCAAUGCUUCUCUGUGAAACAGGUCUCUGCCAAGCAUCCAGUGAUUAAGACACUCUAUUCGAUAAAGCAGUCGAAUGCAGAUGUGGCGAAAUUGAGUGUAGAAUUGCUUUUUGACAACGCCUGCAUUGCUGCGGGUAUGCUUGACGAGCCACGGUCGGUGCUGCCUCGGCUGAACAAGAUAUUAGAAACAAUGGUCAUGCAGGGCGCUGGCUACGACUACGGAAAGAAGUUAUGACCAAUGAGAGUCCAUCAUAUCGUACACGUACUCGUGUUUCUUGAUGAUCAAAAUCCAGUCAGUAAGUACGCAUCCUACACAUAACGAUAUCGUCGUGUCUAGUAGUACCUUGCUUUUCCUUUACCAAUGAUUUACAUAGUUUUAGUUGUGAUCAUUUUUCUAAGCCCAGCCUAUCAACAAGUGGAAGGAGCUUCGUCCUCAGGUACAGCCGGGAACGACACAGCAGCCUCGUCAACGACAGAGACUUCGGAGACCACAGCUUCAAGCGACCCAACUGUGAGCAAUCCUGUUGACGGUGGCAGCAGCAAUGUUGCCAUGGGUAGCACAGAAUAUGGAGGGCGGGUGCAAGAAGUAAAGAUGCAAUAAUGACACGUGCGAAACAUCUAUUCGAUCGAAGCAAGAGUCACUUCUUUGGGUGCUGUCGUGUCUUCUUGAGCAUCACUGCUCUACUUGAACAAUCGAUAUUGUAACAAAAUUAUCAUCUCAUUAGGUUGAAAUCUAAUCAAUUGAUGAGGACUUUUCUUCGCUAGCGCGUGAGCGUGUGUACGCGCGAGCAUGGUGUCUCCGCGCGACGGAGGAUGAUGCAAGCUACCCUGAUAAUUUUCCUAAAAUUUCCUGUAAAAUAUAACGACCACAUGUAGGGACUACUUGAAACACAUUUCUCAGGUCACACCCUAGAGUGACAACGAUUACGCUUCAAACGAAUUAUUUAUCCCACCACAAAGAAGAUUCUGGAAAAAGACCUAUCGAUGCAUCCCACACCUAAGAAACCUGUGAUGAUGAGGUGUGCGCGCUUCCUUGUGAUUGCGAGACCAUUCUUGUGUCUGGUCUGCUCAAAAAUAAUAGUUCUUGUUCUUCAUAAAGCGCUAUAAGCGGAUACUUUUAUGAAUACGUUGGAAACCUUUGUUCUUGAGAAAAGGAGAUGAUGAUUACAAUUCCAACAACUGUGGCGAUUUGACUUCUGUGUCUAUGGGGAUGAAGCGUGCUCCAGUCAGAACGAUUGAAGGCAAAGACUGAUCGCGGACGUAGCUUGCGAACAGCCGCGCUCUCACUUCGCAUCUACAUUCAACUUCCGAGCAAAGCGCUGCUUGGUGAGUGGUUUCGUGUUAAUUUCGGAGUAUAGUCUCACCCAAUAGCCGAAUGCUUUGACAGAUUGAUAGGUUAGGUUCGUUUCUGAUUCUGAUCCUGCAGAAAUUGAAAUUUGAUGAAAGUGAAACUGCACCACCCCUGAAUAAAUCAAAAUUGUUGCUGCAGAAGGCACAAUGAAGGAUUCUCCUUAUCAUGAUCCCGAU